CACACAACCCAGCACAUUUAACUCUAACGCCAAGACACCGUAAAUCUUGUGCGUUUCUUAAAAAUAAAAGUUUCCAUCUCUCUUACACGGUUAGUUUGUACUUAUGCCGGGUGUAACCCCCGGCCAUCAUCGACAUCACCGGAGGUUUGGGAAUGGAGGAAUUCAUUGAGCUUGGCUCCCUUCACUGUGUGGAAAUGGUUUUAACAGGCACAGAGUAACACAGAAACAGUUCAAACUCUGAACACUUAUACAAACUGUUGCACAAUAGACUUUUUAAUUUGUAAGAAAAACAAAACGUAAUUUUUAUUUUCGACUCAAGGAUUUUAACACUACAUAUACCACCAUGCCAAGCUCUACUAUUCGGAGGCAAAUGAAAAAUGUGGUAAAUAACUAUUCAGAGCCAGAAAAGAAGGUCAGGGAAGCAACUUCCAAUGACCCAUGGGGCCCCUCUAGCUCACUUAUGUCAGAGAUAGCAGACCUCACUUACAAUGUGGUGGCCUUUUCAGAGAUAAUGAGCAUGAUUUGGAAGAGGCUGAAUGACCAUGGCAAGAACUGGCGCCACGUGUACAAGGCCCUGACGCUGCUGGACUACCUGAUCAAAACGGGCUCCGAACGAGUGGCCCUGCAGUGCAAAGAAAACAUCUUUGCUAUACAGACACUCAAAGAUUUUCAGUAUAUUGAUCGGGACGGCAAAGACCAGGGCAUCAAUGUCAGAGAAAAGUCCAAGCAACUGGUCGUGCUGUUGAAGGAUGAUGAUCGUCUAAAGGGUGAGCGCUCUCAGGCUCUGAAGACUAAAGAGCGCAUGGCACAGGUUUCCACCAGUGUGGGCAGCAACAAUCAGAUCAGCUUCGGCCGAGGUUCCAGCCAGCCGAACUUAUCCACCAGCUAUUCAGAGGAGUACGGCAAGUCUGAGGGUUCACCUGCAUCUUAUCAUGGAUCCACAUCCCCCAAUGCAUCCUCAGAGUUGGAGCAGGCCAGGCCUCAGACUAGUGGUGAGGAAGAGCUGCAGUUGCAGCUGGCUCUUGCUAUGAGCCGAGAGGCUGCCGAGCAGGAGGAGAGGAUGCGCCGUGGGGAUGACCUGCGGCUCCAGAUGGCUCUGGAGGAAAGCCGCAAAAACAGCACAGGGAACGUGGCCAAGAAGAAGAAAGAGCCUCCGAAGUCUUCUCUGAUGGAUCUGAUGGACACAGUUCUUGUGGGCCCUGCCAAUCAAGCAGCAGACCCUUGGGGAGCUGGAGCUGCAGCAGCAGGCCCCACCUCAGACCCCUGGGAAUCCUACGGUGCAGCCCCUAAGCCAGCUGCUCCUGUGGAUCCCUGGGGUCUUCCCAGUGCUUCUGCCUCAGGCACUCCUGUGAAGAGCAGUGACCCCUGGGGGUUGACCCCAGCUCCUGCAGCCGCUGAUCCCUGGGGCUCUAUGCCUGCCACCCGCCCUAAUGCCCCUGCCACUGCCGGCAGCUUUGAUCUUUUCUCUACACCAAACGGUACUUCCAGGGAGGACCUCUCUGAGUUUGACAGUCUCCGCUCCUCCGCUAUGACAGGAGAUGGUAGAGGGAGCUCUGCCUUGCCAUCACAGACAAGCUUUUCUAUGGGUUCAGACUUGUUUGACGUACCGAGCGGCCCAUCAAGAAAAACCCCUGAGUCUUUCCUGGGUCCCAAUGCUGCCCUUGUCAACCUGGACUCUCUGGUUAGCAAGCCACAACAGCCAGCUCCUGUUUUCAACCCGUUCCUUGCUGGAGAGCCAGGGCUGUGUACAAAUACUAGAUUAACAGAAUGGACAGCUAGCAGACUGCGAGCAGCAGCAGCAGCAGCAGCAGCUGCACCUGCACCUGCAGCACAGGUUAACCCCUUCCAGGUGAACCAGCCACAGCCACCCACCCUCAACCAGAUGAGAGUCAGCCCCAUGAUGGGCUUGUCUGGUCAGGGCUUCGACGGCCUGGACCAGAGAAACGAGCCCUUGCCUCUGUCCUCUAUACCCCCAGUUAUCCCUGUCUCCAUGGUACCCAUGGCUCCUCUUGGGCCGGUGGGCCAGAUGAUGCCAAGCAUGGGUAUCCCUGCUUCCAUGUCCAUGCCUCAGCCUCUCAUGACCGGAGGGCUGCAGACCACGGGCACACCAACGCAAACCGGUGGCGCUAUUAACCCCUUCUUAUUAUGAGGAACAGUGUAGGCUGCCUCUACCCCAGACCCACACAAAUCUUUCUCCCAUCCCUUUUCCUACGGUAUAAACAACAUAAUCCGUUGUGUUCCCUAGACCAGUGUGCUAUUUUGAGAUUUUUGGAGUAGCAGUGGUGUUUACAAUUUUUACAUUGGCAGGUGAUUCCUUUCUCCUGUCUGAGAUAGGUACCAUAUAGUGAUUUGGUAUUCUUUUCUAAAUGAUCUCAAUCCAUUAGCGACAUGGUCUAGGUGUGGUAUUUUUUUCAACAAAUCCUAAACGUGUGGGAGUUCUCCUCACAUUCAAAGGGGAUCCUGAAUUUUAACUACUAUUCGAUUGCUUACUUUUCUUAUAAGAGGCUUGAAACUAGGAGUACGUUUUUGUCUUAAUUUUACCAAUUUCUAGUCUUUCAAAACAGUGUAAUAGAUAAAGCUGACCCUUUUAAUCAAAGCAGCCUGUGUGUUCUACAUAGCGCAUAUACACUAUGUGUAUACAGUAUGCUUAUGUAGACAGUUACAUAUAAUUUUGAUGUUCUAAGCAGGAAUUUUGCACACGCUCUUGAUUUAUCUCCUUUUAGCUCUAUAGCAUGAGAAACAAUGGGGAACCGUUUACUAAGACACAAGACAUUUCCUGAUCAAGCAAAGGAAAAAAGCAACCCAUGACACACUACACACACACACACACACACACACACACACACACAUGCAGUUUGGUUGAAUAAUAAGGAAUAGGAGCAUGUGUGAAUGUUUCAAAUCUGAUGCAUUGAAAGAUGAACUUCACACUAUUGUGAAGAGUUGUUCUUUUCCUUUUCUUUUGUAAUGCAUUAUGGGGAGGUGGUUUGCAUAUCAUAAUAUGGCUCUACUUUUAUACUGAAGCCUGUUUUUUUUACUGCUUUACAAUCUUGUGAUGUUGUUUAUUGGGUGAAUGGGUUCUUUUCAUUCGGUGCAGCUCACCGUUUGCACAGCGCCUCCAUAUUUGACAGCUAAUCAAUACUAAAGAUUAGAAUUAAUCUGCCUGAGUUGUUCUGUCACAGUGAGUAUCAAUCUGAAAUGUUUCUGUAACUUCUAUUUAUGUGUGUGGAAAAUUGAGCAAAGGGAAUUGGGAGGAUUAGAAUAGUGUGUAUAUUUCUUCAUCAGGUCCUAAUGCAUAUUACUGUUAUAACUGUAUCACUAAUCACUGCUUCCUGAUGCAAUCUGUUAAUGCAUCUUGGAUAAAAGCCAAGCAUAUAUCAGAGCUUGCUGUUUUUAACAAAAUCCUCAGUUUUGAUGGAAAAGCUAAUAAGCUUCUAGUGUAAUAAGAAUGAGUGUGGAUGUUCAGAGAGGUUAUUAUUAAAAAGGUGAGUAGAUGUGACUUCUCUAGAUAUUUGUUCAUCUUCACCUUUUUUUUCCCUACACGGAUUCAAUAUUAUUGUUUGUUAGAGGUUAAGUUUCAUGAAUGCAUCUGUGGUGUGGUUGAACGAGAAUUCAUGUGAUUGAAUUGCACAGCAUUCAAAUAAUGAGUUUAUUUUGGCCUAGGUUUGAUAUGCACAUGUCAUAAAAUGAGGCAUACACUAGACUCCUUUCAUAUCAGAAUGAUGACUUGGCUAGUCUUUUGUGAGAGGACUUGAAUGGCUUGUCUAUUAUUUUAGUUUUAACCAGUGAAGCACAACAUGGCAAGGUCUCCCCCCAAAUCGUAGCUCCCACAGUGACAUCGCUUGUUCUUUUCAAAUGCAGGGCUGCAGUAUUUUUCUCGUUGCAUUUCUCCUCCAAAUAUCACUUUCUGCCUUUUCUUUCUCAAUUACUGCAAGCAUACAAUUUCUCGUUUUUUGAGCUAGUGACCUCUGCUGGAAAUAUAGUGGCUGUUCUGCCCAUGUGCAGCCUUGUAGCAGAGCCUGUGGUGUGUUUAUGGUCCAUAAUCUGCAAGCAUACUCAGGCAUUUUGGGGGGAUGGGGGUGGGUAAGACUGCUCCAAGAUGUAUGAAAUGCGCUUUUGAUGGAUAUGAUGGUCUGAGCAGGCACAAAUUCAGCUUACUCCCUGCUAGUGAGCAUCACUGUACUCAUUUAUAUAGACUAGUUUUAACAUGAUUUUACCUUUGAAUCUAGCUCAUUUUGCUGUCAUGUAUCACCUCUGUUACCAUGUAUUCAUUAUGCAUUUAUUGUGGAGGACUAACCUUGUGAACAUGCAUAACACAUUUUAUUUUUCUCUGUUGUUGUGUCUUGUGUAUUUACCAAACUGUUUCCUAUUACUGGGAGCAGGCUGCUUUUUAUGGAUAUGUGCUAACUUGUUGGCAUUAUAACUGUAUAAUAUAAUUUAUCAUCUGUUCUAUUGUAACAUAUUUUUCUGUACCUUAUUUCUGUGUAAUGGUUUUGUAGGAAAGUCACAUGAAGAGUGUGAUGUUUUAUUGCCAUCUUAAUCGCAGCAAGUGAUAAAGGACCUGUAGCUGCAUUGGUUUAAAUAAAUUGUAUCAAUGACUUUAGUCUCUUG